UUGCGGUACUUCAUGCCAAUCUUGUUAUUGCAUGUUUACUGUAUUUAAUAUCCAUGGUGUUACCAUGGUAACUUGACGCGAAUAUUUUUCAUCAUGGCGGAUGAUUCAGAGUCAGAAGUAGGGGAUGCAACGGGAAUGACAGAUGAAAGUUUUUCAAAAGAGUUAAAUUCUACCGUAGCAAUGCAAGAUGAUGACGUUUUUUCUCAGGUUUCUCAAAAUAUUGAUACGCAAUCUGUAUGCGAGCUAGAAAAGACGCUUGAUAGUUCAGAGACGCCUGGAACGGAGGAGGACUGGAGUUACAUGGAAGAUAUGAUAGCCAAUGGUCUAUCCCAACUUGGACGUUCUGCUGAUGGAACUAUGCAAGUCUUUCUCACAUUGACUUUAAAUAACCUCGGUUUGAUAGACAUAUCUAUAUUGAAGAAUUACAAGCAUCUUCAGACAAUUAUUCUGUCAAAUAAUGCACUUACAGAUUUGAAUGUACUUGGUUGCAUGGAAAGCCUGGUUAAACUAGAUGUUUCACACAAUCAAUUGCCAACUCUACUGGAUUUUUAUCCACCAAAAAAUCUUAUUGAAGUAAAUUUUUCACACAAUGUCAUCGAUGAACUCCCAGAUCUAUCAAAACAUUGUCAUUUGGUGACUUUAAUUCUGGAUUACAAUAAUAUAGAGGAAAUAAAUGGUUUAUCACACUGUUACUGCCUGAAGAAACUGAGUAUGGUGAACAACAAUAUUCAACGUAUUAGUGGCUUGUCCAAUUUACCUUUGACGCAUCUUAAUUUAAGUCACAACAGUGUGAAAAAAAUAGAGAAUCUGGACACGUUGAAGUAUUUGAAGGUUCUUGAUCUCUCCUGUAACUAUAUAAGAAGUCUAAAAGGAUUACAAGAACAUGAAUUUUUACAAGAAAUUAAUCUUGAAGGAAAUCAGAUCAUUGAUAUUGCUGAGAUACGCUACAUAAGGGAACUUCGGCUUCUUCGCAAGUUAAACUUUCAAAGAAAUCCUAUCCAGGAAAUGUCCGAUUACAGAUUAUCAAUCUUAUUCAGACUUCAAACGUUAAAGAACCUAGAUGGCGUAGAUGUCACAGCCAAUGAGAAGGUACACGCAACGAACAUGUUCAACCCUCCUCGUGACGUAAUAGCAGCACGUGAUCACAUGGUUCACGUGGUACGAUCUUUAAUGCAGCCUGCGAGGGUAUUUGAAAGUACUCUAACAAGCCUGACAACUCCGUAUCCCAUGCUGGUCCUCACCGGUCCCUCUGGCUGUGGUAAACGUUCUCUGGUAAAAAAACUGUGUCAAGAGUUCCCGGAUUUCUUUGGAUUAGGGAUUUCCACGACAACCCGGCCGCAAAGGAGAAAGGAAGAUGAUGGAAUUGAUUAUUUCUUUACGACGCAAGAAGAAUUUGAAAAAGAUGUUAUGGAGGGCAAGUUCAUUGAGACAGCGCAGUGUGGUGGAUAUCUGUAUGGUAUAACCAGAGAAGCCAUUGAAUCCGUGGCAGGGAAAGGUCUGGCUUGUGCACUUCAUAUGGAGUUCGAGGGUGUUUUAAGUCUUAAGAAUACAAGCUUUGAACCACGGUAUAUUCUCAUUCUUCCAGAGACAACUAAAGAACAUGAACGCAGACUACGUGAACAUUCUCAUUACUCGGAGUCGUUGAUUGCUCGUGCUUUAGAUCGCGUCGAGAUGUACGCUAAUGUUAACAGAGAGAAACCUGGUUUUUUUGAUAUGACAUUUGUCAGUGAUGAUCUUCAUGAACUGUACAGAAAAUUAAAAAUGUUGGUCUUGGAUUACCUCGGUCUUUCACCAACUGCCACGACAGACUCUGAAUUCAUUACGAACAGUUUUACUGAUAUGUCAAGUGGAUCGAGGGGUUCCGAAGAAUGUCCAAGAGGCUCCGAAGUGAGUACGGCGACUACGACAGCAUCCCGAGUAUGGUCCCGACCUAGAUCGGAUAUCUCGAACAGUUUCGCAAGGACAAAUCUUAGUUUCCAGAGUUCAAAGAUUUCAUCAGUUGAGCAAGCGUCAGUGGAGAGACGACGAACCUUGGCUAAGGCAGCGCUCGCUGGAAUACCUUACGUAUCCAAGGAACAGUUGAAUCAUUUAGGCCGUUCAGACGCUGUUAGUCAACGAAUCAACGACAAUUUCUCGACAUUACUAAAGCUUCAGAGAUCUCUCUCUGCUCCUGUGGACUUGAGCAACUUUUCAUUAUUGGUGAACGCCAGUACUCUGAACACAGAACCACAGGAAACACGAGAUAAUAUCAGAUCGGAUUUUGACUCCGACUCAGGAUCGGAUGCCUCUAGCGUGACUCCUUCUUCAGCACGGGCAUUCUCUCCGAACAUUGACCGAGCAGAUUCCGACGCUUCACGAGAGGGAUCGCCGGUAUCUCUAGGCACAUUUCAUGGGUCAACACCAGUCCGUGUGGAACUGUUAGAAAAUACGUUACAGACAUAGAGUGCUUGAUUCUCUUUA